UAUUUAAAGCAAAUUUAAAUACUUUAACGAGGAUUUAAAAAAAAAAAGUCCCACGCGACUGUUUGGACUAGUUCGUUCCUUAAGUACCAACUGCCAAAAAAAAAAAAAAAAAAAAAAGACAAAACAAACCGCCGCAUUCCAAUAGACACAAACCCCCAAAUGCAGCUUCUAGCUAGCCAAAUUUCCAUUUUAAGUCGUAUUAAUUUCAUUUAAAUGCAGCAUAAGCAGCCAACUAGGGUUCCCGGGGGCACUUGGGUGUCAUUUAUUUUCUAUUUUAAAAUAUGCACCGACGCGUCUGUAUCGCAUACAGCUCGUCGUACCCGAAUCAGCUUUAUUAGCUUUCAGGAGCUGUUAAGAAGAUAUUGCCCUCUGAGUUUAGCUUGUGUUUUAAGUAAAUGCAAUCAGCAGAUUCAACACUGUUAUUCGGCGGUUCAAGCACACUCGGCCGUCCCCCGGGAUCUUUCCGCGGCGUUUGUUUUAAUCACAUAUGUCGUAUUCCUCCCGCGUGUUGUAUCCAGGGCGAUUUUUAAAACUGAGUUUACGGUUGAAAUCGAAGCAACUUUUGUAGCGAAAGUGCGACGAGCGCAGGGGGUGGGCAAGCCUAGCGGUGUAUUGUGGGAGAGACAGCAGCGAGAGACCAGAGGCGCACACACACAUACACAAUAUGUGCUGGCUCUCGCCGAAAAGGAGGCAGUAUUCUUCAAGCGAAAUCAUGUAAUGUAAACGGGCGAAAGCAACGCGGUUUCAUCUUUUUUUUGUGUAUUUAAAAAAAAAAAAAAAAAAAAAAAACAACACUCGAUCGGACGAACCAUGUCCAAGCCAGCGGAGAGGAACAGAUUGAACGAAGACCAUGGCAGAAAGCAGAGUUCAAGUCUGGCGAACGGCAUGGACAGUCAUCCCGUCUGCGGCGCGGCGGAGAAGCGGAGUCACCACUGGAGAAGUUACAAGUUGAUCAUCGACCCGGCGCUGAAGAAGGGACCCCACAAACUCUACCGCUACGAUGGGCAGACGUUCAGCAUGCCCAACCCCGGGAUACCACCGGUGGACCUGGUCCGAGACCCCAGGAUCGGACGCCUCUGGACCAAGUACAAGGAGACGGACCUACCGGUGCCUAAAUUCAAGAUCGACGAGUUCUAUGUCGGCCCCGUGCCGCCGAAGGAGGUGACGUUCGCCCGGCUGAACGACAACAUCAGGGAGGGGUUUCUCACGGACAUGUGCAAGAAAUUCGGGGAGAUCGAGGAGGUGGAGAUCCUGUACAACCCGAAGAACAAGAAGCACCUGGGAAUAGCCAAAGUCGUGUUCGAGAACGUGAAGUCGGCCAAGGUGGCGGUGCAGUCGCUGCACAACACGUCUGUGAUGGGGAACAUUAUCCACGUGGAGCUGGACCCGAAAGGUGAGAAUCGCCUCAGGUACUUCCAGCUCCUGAUGAACGGCAGCUACACGCCGCGGACGCUGCCUGUCGGCGGAGAGGAAACCAGGGAAGUCUCUCCUCGGAGCCUGGCAGAAGCGCUGCUGGCCUGUGAGCCGAUCCGCAGGUUGUCAGAGAGCAGCAUGUCCUCCAUCGGGGGGCCGCUACCACCCAGCAGCUCCAACACUCCCCUGAGCCUGGAGACGGGCUACUCCAGCAUAAGGCAGGACACCCCCCAGUCCCAGGGAACCCCUCACACCCCACGCCAGCCGGGCACGCCCUUCUCCCAGGACUCCAGCUACUCCAGCCGGCAGUCCACGCCCGCCUACCAGUCGAGCCGUCCCGAGAGCUCCGGCGGCGGCUACAAGUCCCGCAGGCACGAGAGCAAGUUCCAAGACGCGUACAACCGGCGGCCGGAGAGGCCUCAGUACCGCAGCAACAUGUACCGCAGCACGCCGUCCGAUCAGGGUCUGUUCAAGCCGCACCAGCUGACGCCGCCCGAACCUCCGCCGACAACUCCGUCGUAUAACUACACAGCGCCUCCCCCUGCUACGCCCAACUUCAAGUCCGCGUUCUCGCCCUACCAAGCUGCUCUGCCGGCGGCGUUCCCCCCGUCGGAGUCGCCCUACCACCACUCGACUCAAAGGGAGGGCGAGUACCUGCGGCCGCCGCAGCCGCCUCCGGCCGCCGCCGCCGACGUCUUGCCCGCUAAGGACAGGCCGGAAACGCCUCCCAUGCCGGAGCAGCCGCCGGAGCCGGUCCCCCAGCCCACCACGCCUCCUCCUGAGACGCCAGAGCGCUGCCCGUCGCCGGGCUCCCCGGCGCCGGACCCCGAGCGCAACAGCCUGGACUCGCGCAUCGAGAUGCUCCUGAAGGAAAAACGGACGAAGCUCCCGUUUCUGGAGGAGCGGGACUCGGACAACGAGGUGCGAAUGGAGGGCAGCCCCAUUUCCUCCUCCUCCUCCCAGCUGUCCCCGAUCCCGCCUUUCACGGGCGGCCAGCCGAGCUCGCGCCCCCCCAGCACGGGCUUGGAGGACAUCAGCCCGACCCCGCUGCCCGACUCCGACGACGAGGAGCCCAUCGCCGGCACCGCCUCGUUGAUCAAGAGAGUCGGCUCUCCCGUCCACGACAAGACGGGGAAAGGCGACCUGAAGGACGGAGCCUUUCGAGGCGUCUCUCCCGCCGAGAAAACGGACGCGCAGGCUCAGCAGUCGUCCGGAGAAGACAUGGAAAUCUCCGACGACGAGAUGCCGGGAGCCUCGAUCACCAGCGGAGACAAGGGCAUCGUGGUGAACUCGGCGGUGUCGCCCAUGCACACCAUGUCCAUGCAUCCUGCCAGCUACCACCACCUGCAGCACCAGGCCGGGUUCCCCAUCCCUCCGCACCACCUGGGCCCCCACGCCGCCAUGCCGGGCCACCACAUGCCCGGUCACCCCGGGGUGCCGCCCCACAUGCUGCCGCUGGUGGGCCACUACCCGCCGGGCCUCGUCCAGCUGAUGGGUCUCAUGAACUGCGUGCCGUGGGAACGGUGGAGCACGGUGCCCAUGUCCUUCCAGAUGCAGCAGCAGAUGCUGAGCCGCAUAGCUCAGACCAGGGGGCCCUACCCGUACCCGGACUUCCUGGACGGGGGCACGUCGGAGCUGUUCGGCGGGCCCUACCCGCCCAUUUCUAUGGACGCCGCGCCCGCUUGCAGCACGGGAGCGCUGGGACAUCAGUGGCACCAUCCCAGCUUACCCACGUUCAACCCCACCGUCCCGCCGCCGGGCUACGAGUCUAAGAAAGAGGACCCCCACAAGGCCACCGUCGAUGGCGUGCUGCUGGUCAUCGUCAAAGAGCUGAAGGCCAUCAUGAAGAGGGACCUGAACCGCAAGAUGGUGGAGGUGGUGGCGUUCAGGGCCUUCGAUGAGUGGUGGGACAAGAAGGAGCAUUCGGCGAAGGCGUCUCUCACUCCAGUAAAGGGUGCCGAGAGUAAAGAAGAAGAACGUCCCAAACCCAAAGAGACGAUAGCCUCCAGUCUGCUGGAGAACUGGAACAAAGGAGAAGGACUCGGCUAUGAAGGGAUGGGUCUUGGCAUGGGCUUGCGGGGAGCCAUCCGUUUGCCUUCCUUUAAGGUGAAAAGGAAGGACCCGCCGGACACCGCAGUGGGAGGUGACAACAAGCGAGCGCGACCGGCGACCCCAGCAGACGACGAGCUGGAGGACGAAGAGAGAGACAGAGACGCAGCCGAGCUUCCGUCAGACGACUCCAAGAUGGACGGCGACGGCCCCUCAGCCAAGCGACGGCCCUCGCGGCCUCUUGAGCUGGACAGCGAGGGAGAGGAGGAGAUGGACACCUCCGAGAAGGAGGAGGAGGAGGAAUCGUUGUCCGACGUUGGCGAUGAAGAGCCCGAUGAAGUCAAGGCUGCAGACCGGCUGUCGUCGAGCAAAAGUGCCGAUGAAGAGGACGACGACAACGAUGGAGACUCCUCCAGCGACAGCGGCUCCUCGGACUCCUCUGACGACGACGCUGACAGCUUGGCGUCCUCCAAGGCCAGCUCCUCCUCCUCGCCUGAAAGCUCCGACUCCUCGGAGGAGAGCUCCGACUCGGAGCACGAGCUGAGCUCGGAGGAGGAGGAAGAGGAGGAAGACGUGAAAGCGGCUGUGGAGAAGAUGGAAGGCAAAGUGGCGGACACCACCUCGUCUUCCUCGUCGUCCUCGUCUUCGUCUUCCGACGAGGAGGAGGCGGAGGAGGAGGAGGUGGAGGGCAGGGGGGAAGAUCUCAAGCCGCCAACUCCUCCUAUGGUUCAAGUGCUGGAGUUUAAGGAGGAGCGGACCGACGAGGAGGAGCUGAGGAGCAAGUCCAGGCGCAGGCCUCCCAGUCCUCCUACGGAGCGGAUACCCGAGGACCCGAAGCCGCCGCUGCAUAAAGGUGUCCGAGUCAAAGAGGAGGACGUCUGUGUCGAUGCCACCGUCGUCAAGCUGGAACCUCAGGACCACGUAGCAACCCUCCGGCCCCCCACGCCCACAGGGACCCUCCCUCCCAGCGACCAGGAGAUAAAACCCAGAGGUAAAGCAGAAGAAGCAGCCUGCACCCCGGCUCCGUUACCCCCGCUCCCCCCCGGACCAAAGUCCAACUCCACGUCUUCAAUGCACCUCCCGCUACCUCCCCACCCCGCUGUAGAAGGCCGCUCCCUCCUCCACCCGCCCCCCGGCCCCCUGUCCGACUUCCCUCAGCGGCCCCGACUCCCCACGGACGAGGACGUCCCUCGCACGCCGGGCAGGGACCUGAUGGAGCGAGCGAGGAGUCUGGGUAAAUCCCAGAGCACCGACACCGUCCCCAACACCCCCGGCAGCGACGCUCCCCUAACCGGGAGCAGCCUGCUGCUCAGCUCGCCUCACAUCCCCGGCAGCCCCUUCUCCUACCCCUCCCAGUCCCCCGUCCUCAGUGCCGGCGUCCCCCGCACCCCCGGCAGAGACUUAACCUUCACCCCUGUCUUCCCUGAACCCGCAGCGCUGGCGCUCAGCAGGAAGAGCUUUGAGGAGAGGCCGCUGUUAAAGGAGCCGCCGGCCAGCGCUCCGCCUCACCAGCCCCCGCCGGCGGGGACGGAGCGCCCGGCCGCCGUGCCCGAAGACCUGCCGACCGGCGUCUCGGGGGACGUCCCCGUGACGACGGACACCACCGCGUCGAAGAAAAAACCGGGGCGGCCCAAAAUCAAGAAGACCCCAGCCGUGUCGGCGGCCGACGAGUUUUCGUCCAAGCCGGCGGUCCCGCCCCAGACGUCCCUGACGUCGGCCGCGUCCCCCAAACACACGAGCCUGGACUUCAGGGAAGGAGACGCGAAGCCCCAGACGCUGCCGCCCGCCGAGGACAGCUACCCGUCCUACGACGAGGAGAAGCCCGCCGUGACCAAGGCGCCGCGCAAGGCGAGGCGCGGCUGGGAGGAGCUGCUGCUGGACAGCCUGUCGCCGGUCGCCACUCCGCCGCGGGCGUACUUCCGGCCGCGCUCCGACUUCGACGAGAUGACCAUCCUGUACGACAUCUGGGACGAAGGCAUCGACGAGGAGGACAUCCGGCUCCUGCAGAUCACCUACGACAAGAUGCUGCAGCAGGACAACGGCAACGACUGGCUCAACGACACGCUGUGGGUCAACCACCCUCCUACCCACAUCCCCGGCGUGAAGAAGAAGAGGAGAGACGACGGCAUGAGGGACCACAUGACGGGCUGCGCGCGCAGCGAGGGAUACUACAAGAUCGACAAGAAGGACAAAGUGAAGUACCUGCAGAGCUCCCGGGUGCAGGCCGAGGAGCCGCCCGUCGACACGCAGGGCAUGAGCAUUCCCGCGCAGGUCCACGCCUCCACCAGGGCCGGCUCCGAGCGGCGGUCCGAGCAGCGCCGCCUGCUCUCCUCCUUCGCCUGCGACAGCGACCUGCUCAAGUUCAACCAGCUGAAGUUCCGUAAGAAGAAGAUCCGAUUCUGCAAAUCGCACAUCCACGACUGGGGUCUGUUCGCCAUGGAGCCCAUCGCUGCUGAUGAAAUGGUGAUCGAGUACGUGGGGCAGAACAUCAGACAGGUGAUCGCAGACAUGCGGGAGAAGCGCUACGAGGAGGAGGGCAUCGGCAGCAGCUACAUGUUCCGGGUGGACCACGACACCAUCAUCGACGCCACCAAAUGUGGCAACUUUGCCCGUUUCAUCAACCACAGCUGCAACCCGAACUGUUAUGCAAAAGUCAUCACAGUCGAGUCUCAGAAGAAGAUCGUGAUCUACUCCAAGCAGCCGAUCAACGUCAACGAGGAGAUCACGUACGACUACAAGUUCCCCAUCGAAGACGAGAAGAUCCCGUGUCUGUGCGGGGCGGAGCACUGCAGGGGCACGCUCAAUUAACAGACCCAACCCCCGCCUCCCCCCGCACAGGGCACUGGCCGGACACCCAGGCGUCCCGGGCGUGCUCGGAGCGAUGGGGCCGAGGAGGAGGAGAAGUGACCGGCACUUCACCUCCACUCAGCUAAGCUACCUGACCUGCACUCUUCACACAUUAAACUCUAGAUUGUUUACGAUUCACGGUGCUCUACAAACUAAACUGUUUUGUUAUUUUGUGCCGGUGUGACUUUUUCUCCCCCUCCCUGCCCCCCUCCCCCCGCCGCCGCUCUCCACCUCUAGCCGUCAGACAGUAUUUCUGCACAAUUACUGCAGCAGCAUCCAGUCCUGGUUCGGGGCAGUUUUACACUUUUCUCCCCCUCGUUUGUUCUCAUAAGCUUUACCCCACACCACAUGUGGUACAAGGAAAAAAAAAAAAAAAAACAGACUCACACGGUCAGCUGCUCACUUACACUUCAAGAUGCCUGAGGUCGAUUCCUUCCCGCGUCCAGGCAAGGGGAGGGGAGGGGGGGGGGGAGCCGUCCCCCCGCCGCCUGCCCUGAGCAAAUCCACUCAAACUAAACUGAAAUAGGAACGAGUAAAUCCGGAGCGUUCGAGCAUCUUCCACCUGUCCCGAGCGGACGGCGCUGCUUCCUUCUUAGUUUAUGCAAACGUUUAAUGAGGUUCUGCAAAAGCUGCAUUAAUCAAAUUCCUCCUUUUUUUUUUUGUUGUUUUUAUUUUGUAGCUGUUUGUCGUGGCUUUUCCACGCCUGUUUCUUCAGAUACACUAUGUGUGGGUGUGUGUGUUUGUGUUUUGCAUGAAUGAGUGUCCGAGCUCUGGCGAUGGGGCCGAGAACGUGAGCGCACUGCCCCCUGCUGGCCGGAAACGGAGCGGCGACUAGCUAAGCUGAGAUUUCAGUCCCGGAGGGGGGACUGCAGUCAUUACUCCUCAUUUGAAGUGCCAAAUUAACGUACGACCGUGUCUGUUCAAUCGCGAGGAAGCUGCUGAACGUGAUGGCGAGCAUUAGGAAUCCCCCUCCUCCUCUGGACUCUCUGUUUUUUUUUUCUUCUUUGUUCGUUCGUGUUUUCAGCCACGCCGAGGCUACUGCGACCUCCUCACAGUCUGCAGGAGGCUCUCUGUCUUUGUCGUCUCUUUGGAUAAAAGAUAAAAUACUAAAUGCACUCGAGGGAGGGGCGCUUCUGCCCCUCCCUUCCUCAACGAGUCACCCCUGGAAGACCAAGUCAGUUCUCACUUUUCAUCCCUGUUUGUUUUUCUCUCCGCUGAUGUUCAUAUUGUAUAUGAGAAGCUGUACAGAAGAUCAAAAACGUUUUUUUGUUUUUUUUGUUUUAUCUUCACACAUGUAACACUUUUAAGAUACAUCUUUCUGUUUUUCUUCCAUUUUUUUUUUAAAAAACAACAACAAAAGACUGAAUAUUUAAAUAUUUUCAGGGAUAUGUGAAGCUGCAGGAACUGAUGGUAAUAAAGGUUGUUUAUUUAAUAAGGUCCGCUGUGUACAGGAAAAGCUUCCACUUCCCUUUUUGAAAGAUUGUUUCUUGUAGAAACGUCUUCAUUUUCUGCCCAUUUGCUUUGUGAUCCUAAAAUGUGUAAGUAGUUUAACUGUGAAUACUAUAUAAAUUUAAAUAUAUAUAUAUAUAUAUAUAUAUAUAUAUGUGUGUAUAUAUAUAUAUAUUUUUGUUUCCUGGGAUUUGCUACUUGAACACAGCUCAGAGGUGUGUGUAUCAUAAGGAGGUAAACGCUGAGCUGGUCGGCCGGUAGCAGGAUAUUCAGCUUGUGUCAAGCUCUUUCUGUUAUAUUUUGUUUUUUAAAAUUUUGUUGUAAAUUCUAUGAAAAGCUCUUUUGCGGUGUGGAAAAAAAUAAUAAAAAAAAAAAAGGUGCAGAAAUGGCACUAGGAAGAGGACUGAUGUCUCAGCCUGUUUCUCGUGUCUAUUUAUUAUAAGUGUAUGAAAAAGAGAAAAAAAAAGUGAAUAAAGAAUUUUUUGCAUACAUCCAUAAAAA